UAAAGAGGAAGACAACAAACUCAGGGAAACACGUGGCCAGCCUGUGGUUUAGUGUAAUUCAAUUCUCGGGUUGGUUGAAAAUGAACGAAAUGUAUCGGUCUAAGGAUCAGACCGACAAAACCAAAGUCACGUGCAUAAGGAAUAGAGCAGAUGUUUUAUAUGACUUUAAAGUCUCCUUUUUCACUAUGGGUCAACUGCCACAUUUCCCAUGGAAUUUCCUUGAAAGGGAGCUCGAGAACGACAGCUCAUCAGAAAUUAUUCUAGACGUCCUAAAGCAGACAUGCCUUCAUCCACUGUGCUGUAAACAUCCUCCCUCAGUAAGAUAUAGGAGACUGUUUCUAUCUCAGCUCAUCAAAAGGCAUGAAGCCAGUGGGAGGGAGCCCCUGGAUGAGCUCUAUGAUGCACUGGGUGAAGUCCUGGGGGUAGAGGAGGGGACAGAGUGCUACAAGAGCUAUUUACUGCCGUGUGGAGAAGCAGUGAGUCUAUCAGAGAGUACAGCUGUGAUCUCUGAAGGAACUACAGGCCUGGUCACAUGGGAGGCUGCUCUUUACCUCGCAGAAUGGGCUCUGGAGAACACACACCUAUUCACUGAUAGGGCAAUCCUAGAGCUGGGCAGUGGUGUAGGGUUGACUGGUAUAGCAGUGUGUAGGUCCUGCAGUCCCUCCAGCUACGUGUUCAGUGACUGUCACCUCAGCGUUCUACAUAGACUGAGGGACAACGUCCAGCUCAAUGGGCUGGACAACCAGAACUCUCCCAGAGUGUGUGUGGAGCAUCUGGACUGGGAGGAGGUGACAGAGAAGCAGCUGAGAGAGAUCGGAGCCGCCACGGUCAUCGCUGCAGACGUAGUUUACGAUCCAGAUAUCAUUGGCUGUCUGGUGAAGCUUCUCUCUAAGAUCCUGAGGUGUUCGGCCAAUGGCAGCCCUCCUGAUGUCUACAUCUCCUCCACCAUCAGAAACCCCGACACAUAUAACAGUUUUAAACACCAGCUAGAAGGUUCUGGAAUCCAACAUGAGGUCAUGACAGGACCAGUGACCCGUGUGUUCUUUUACAACAGACAAGCCACCAUAGAGAUGAUCAAACUCCACGUCUAAUAAUGGCAUCCUAUUCCCAUUGUAAAUGCACUACUUUUGACCAGGGUCCAUAGGGCUUGUGGUCAAAAGUAGUGCACUACAUAGUGAAUUUAGGGUGCACUACUUUUGACCAGGGUCCAUAGGGCUGUGGUCAAAAGUAGUGCACUACAUAGUGAAUUUAGGGUGCACUACUUUUGACCAGGAUCCGUAGGGCUGUCGUCAAAAGUAGUGCACUACAUAGUGAAUUUAGGGUGCACUACUUUUGACCAGGGUCCAUAGGGCUGUGGUCAAAAGUAGUGCACUAGAUAGGGAAUAGGGUGCCAUUUGGGAAGCACACAAUAAGACCAAGCCAGAACCAGAUGUGUAUUACUGUGUAAUAAAGUCUUUAUUUACAUCAAAAUAUU